GUAUUUUAUGGUUCGGUUUGACGAGUCAUAACAGAGAUAAGAGACAUACAAUAUUGUAUAUAAAUAUUGUUCAAGUGAAUAUAUUCAGAGCUCCAGUCAUGUAGAGUAGGUUACAAACGAAAGAUGAAUUAUAUUCGUCUCUCGAUUCACAUUGACGUUUUUUUUUUAAUUGAAAUUUUUGUGAAUGUUUUUUAAGAAAAACUUGAACUUUAUUACUCGGUUCCAUUGUGUAUGAUAAUUGAAAUUACAAUUUUGUUUUCAGAGUGAUGUGUUGCUAGAGAAUAUCUAAACUUUCGUUUUGCGUUUUUUUUUCGGUAUGAAAACAUGUAUACAAUUGUUGUGCUAGGUAUCGUUCUGUAAACAACGAAACGUACAUCGUGAGAUUUUGAUGAUAUUCCAUCGAGAAUACAUAUUUAUGAAAACAUUAAAAAGUUGUGAAAUUGUUUCAGUUGUCGUUUCGGCUCGUAAUUCUUCUUCUUCUUCUGUUAUAUUAACAAAGAAAAGUUCGAAAAAGUAUCACUAAAGAUACAAUCAACCGACCCAGUCACGGCAUUCGUUGUAGUAUAGUGUGGAAUACAACUCGAGAAGAGAACUACAAUUCGUUUGUUAUGAAAAAUUAUCUAUUGCAUUCUGUGUUGAUCGUUGCAUUCAACAGAUGACGUAAAAACAGUACGUUAUUAACUUUCAAUUACCAGUCCAUCGAAAUAUCUGCUGUGGUAAAGCUGUUGUAUAUUAUAACGCUGAUCGGUGUGUGAGUGUUGCAAUAUAAAUGCAUAAAACCGUUCGUGCAAUUUAUGAAUAUUUUGUUGCAUUCUGUGCAGUGAACAAUUCGAUAAAUCUGGUUUCUGUUGGUUGUGGCUCUGUCAUUUAAUGUACAUAAAAUAUACUUUCGAUUAAAAAUAAAAAAAAAACAGCGAGCAACUGGAAGUUUCUAAAUUGCAACAUACAAAAUUGCGUUUGGAAAUAUCAACGGGGUCACUAUGAUCAUUAGCGAUUGUUAGCAUCAGCGAAUUAAACGGCAAAAUGACUGUGGUAUCAAAAUUCGUUGACGAUGCAAUCCACAAAUACGAAAGUCUUGGAUAUUCAAAGCUUCGUCUGUCCCAAGGAAUUGUCGGUGCAUGCUUAUGUGCGUACGUUGUUCGGCUCGCCUAUCCAGCUAUUAAAAAACAAAUAAAUAAAACCGGCCAGGACGCAAGUGCCCAGAAAAUUAUCGACAAUAAUGGCAACGAUAAUUCAACAAAAAAUUGCCAACACGAGGAAUUAAACAGCGACGAUGAUAGCUGCCAGAAUGAGGAGUCAUUGUCCGUAUUAGAUGUGAAACAGCAAAUCGAAAAAGCGGAGAAAUUGUUAGCUAAUGCAAACCAAACUCCGAACAUUGGUUUGAACAUUGACUUUUUACUGCAAUUGAAACGGCUGCUCCACAUAAUGAUUCCAAAGCUGGUUUGUCGUGAAACUUGUAUAUUGGGCGUACAUACAGUGUGCUUAGUUUCCCGUACUUUCCUAAGCAUUCUCGUCGCUGCAAUGGAAGGUGCCAUCGUUAAAUAUAUCGUUCGGAAAGAUGUGCGCAAUUUUGCAAUAAUGCUGAUGAAAUGGUUCGCCAUAGCCAUUCCUGCUACAUUUGUUAACUCUAUGAUUCGAUUUUUGGAAAACAAAUUGGCGUUAGCUUUUCGCACUCGCUUGGUCAGCCAUUCAUAUAAAUUAUACUUCAAGAACCAAACCUAUUAUCGGGUAUCAAAUCUAGAUGGACGGAUUGAGAAUGCCGACCAAAGACUCACCGAAGACAUAUCAACAUUUGCCAGUUCAGUUGCCCAUCUGUAUAGUCACUUAACGAAACCAUGUUUCGAUUUGAUGUUAAUUGGAUUAGCGCUGAUGAGAUCUUCGCAAAAAAUGAAAGCAAACAUCAUAUCUGGUCCGCUGUUAGGCUUUGUGGUUAUAUCUACGACCGCUCACAUACUACGCGUUGUAUCGCCCAAAUUCGGUCAAUUAGUAUCGGAAGAAGCGAAUCGUUAUGGCUACUUGCGACACAUUCAUUCCAGAAUUAUCACAAAUGCCGAGGAGAUAGCAUUCUAUGGCGGUCAUAAGGUGGAAUUACUUCAGUUACGAGAAGCAUACAAUCGACUUACCAGUCAGAUGAAUACAAUAUUUUCACAACGACUGUGGUUCGUAAUGUUGGAGCAAUUUUUCAUGAAAUAUGUUUGGUCCGGUACGGGAAUGAUAAUGGUAUCGUUACCAAUACUCACCGCUAGUAAGCAAAAAUCCAGUGACGGCGAAGGUGGUAUCAGCGAUCGUACGCAAUAUUUGACAACAGCUCGUAACCUUUUGCUUUCCGGUGCCGAUGCAAUUGAACGCCUUAUGUCAUCUUACAAGGAAAUUGUUUCGCUUGCCGGAUAUACGCAUCGUGUUGCUGGAAUGUUAGAGAUUUUCGAAGAAACGUCCAAAGGAAUUUACGACAAAACGACUGUGUGUGAUGAACGUAACACAGCCGGAAUACUGAAAUUCGAUCGUGGCCGACCAAUUGCACAGGGACGAAUCGUCUAUGCGAACGAUCCUGAUGAUCGAAAAAUAUCCUUAAAAUCCGUACCUAUUGUGACACCAAAUUGUGAUAUCGUUGUGCCCAGUUUAACGUUAGAUAUUGAGCCGGGCAUGCAUCUGUUAAUAACUGGUCCAAACGGCUGUGGCAAGUCUAGUUUGUUUAGAAUUCUGAGCGGCCUCUGGCCGAUUUACGGUGGUGAGCUAUAUAUUCCGAAGCCGAAUGACGGCACACCGUGCAUGUUUUACAUACCGCAACGACCGUACUUGUCGAUUGGCAGUUUGAGAGACCAAAUAAUUUAUCCUGACACCGUUGAGGAUAUGGUUAAGAAGAAUAUUAAAGAGGACAAGCUGUGGGAAAUUAUGAAAAUGGUUUCGUUGGAGCAUAUUAUUGCUAGAGAUAACUUCGACGUUGUGCGAGAUUGGAAAGAUAUUCUUUCUGGUGGUGAGAAACAACGAAUGGCCAUUGCCAGGCUAUUUUAUCACAAACCACGAUACGCUCUAUUAGACGAAUGCACCAGUGCCGUAUCCAUCGAUGUGGAAAGUUCUAUGUACGAGGCUAUUAUCAAUGCUGGUAUAACUCUAAUGACAAUCACCCAUCGACCGACACUAUGGAAAUUCCACACUCAUGUUCUGGAGUUCGACGGCCAAGGUGGAUGGAGCUUCGAAACGUUGGAUAAUAAUGCUCAAAGAAAUUCUAACACUACAACCACUACAACGGACAAUAAUUGAAGGAUUUUUUUUUUAAAUUAGUGUUGGUGUUUCGGAUUGGGUAAUCGUUACAAUAUUACAUUUUAGUAUUGAGUGCUGUGCUAACGACAUUGAUAUCAUUGAGUUGUAAUUAGUUCAACGUUUUUGUUUUUAAUUGUAACGAGUUUUCGAAUGAAUAUGUUUAUAUUUUACCCUACAGCGGGGAGUUUAUGUAUCUUUUUGUACGAAAUAUACAUUUAUGGAUAUUGAA